AAUGCUGCGGUCUGUUUGUUUCAAGAACUUUGUAAGGUUUAAAGAAUAUCAGUUGCUGGACUUUUCGGAAAGUGGACCUUUCAUUUUCAUAGGCGAAAAUUGUUCAGGUAAAAGUUCUGUUUUUGAAGGUAUCCGGCGCUGUUUAAAGUUGCAGUUUAGUUCAUCAAUAUCUUCAGUUUUUGACACAAACCAACCGUCAUAUUUUAUUUGCAAUUUUGAAACAGAUUUCCCUAGAGAUAAUAACAACAACAUUUUAUGCGGCUUUGUUUUACUUCCCCCGACAACUGAAAAGAACGAAGAAAAUGAUGAUGAUCUGACCGAAAGCCAAAGCUGCGCAAAAAAGGUGAGAGGUGAAGACACACCAGAUAGAAAACAAGAACAUGAAACAAAAUCAAGCUUGACUAAUAGAAAGGAGGAAAGUGUAGAAAUAAGCUCAACCGAAACAAACGUUUGCCAUCCUGAGGCAUCGAAUCAGUUUUGUAGUGGAGAAACUGUUAAGGAAUUUAACCCAGGCAGACAAAAACAUACAACACGCUUUUACAAAUUUGCGAUGAAAUGUGGUGAUAGGAGUGAUCCGAUGUUUAUCAAUUUAGUUGAUAAAUCUGAAGAUGGAACUAAUCUUAUCAUAUGUAAAAGGUAUCAAAUAAGUCAGACUGAGAAUCAACAAGUACAUAAACAAUUCAAAAGUACGAUUUUAGAACAAAAGAAAGAAAGCAUGGGUGUAGACAAAUAUAUAGAAACAAUAUUCAAAAAUAUCGACAAAAUGCAAGAGGAUACAAGCGAAGGAUUAGAGUCAAUAUUGGAACUUUUAACAAAAGAUAUUAUUUUUACCUUCCCUUUACGCUCAGUUGGGCCUUUGCAAUGGUCUGAAAGUAAACGCCUCGCCAGUGAAUAUCGGGAGGCAAAUUAUACUGAAGCCGAAAACAGGUGUGAAAUUAUAAAAUAUUUCCUCGAAGACAACGGCGAAAAAUUUGAUAAAGACAAAGAACAGGAAUAUUUUAAACAGGUAACACAAAUUGACGACUACCACUUCACGCUUAAAGAUGGCAAGAUCAAUUUACCAAAGGGUAAAUUUGCUUUGCUAAAAACGCCAGAGGGAAUAUUAGAAGCAAAAGGUUUUUCUAUCGUAAUAUCAAGUAAACAAUACAAGACCAUUUUGCUUGAGGAACCAGAUAGGGGAAUGCAUCCGCAAUUUGUGGAAAGAAUGACACAAAUAAUCAAUCAAGAGAAAAAAAGUAAACGUGUUGUACUCAUUACACACCAGAAAGGAUUUAUUACCCCUCGAACAGUAUCUGAUACAUUCAUCUUCAGGUGUACUGGAACAGGUCAUCGAAUCAUAUCUGGUAAGUCUAUUCUUGAAAACGACGCAAAUAUGAAGAAAUUGCGACUGUUGACAUCGCAUCAUGUACCUGACAUUUUCUUCGCUCGAAAAGUUUUAUUUUAUGAAGGUGACUCGGAAGAACUGUUUCUAGGAGAACUUAAGAGCCAAAUUCUUUCUGGAGAUUGUAGUGUCACUCCAAAAUUGUUUGAAAAAGAUGAUGCAGAGCUAUCAAACAAACAGUUGAAAAAAUGUCUAAUUGAAUAUACUUUUAUUAAAAUGAAUAGUAAAGACAAUCGUAAAUUUUAUCAGUCAAUAUGUAAACAACUAAAGCUAGAUCAUUUAGUUCUUGUAGACAGAGAAGCUGUAGCUAACAUGCUAGUGGAUCGCAAACCAAAAGGAGAAAAGGAAGACGAAAGAUUGAAGGCAAAGGAAAGAUCACGAAAAGAAUGGGAAACAAUCAGAAGGGACAUAAAAGAAGAACAUAUCUUUUUCUGGUUAGAUGGUAAUAUAGAGGAUAUGGUGUUUGCAAUGUGUGAAAAUAACAGCAAACUGGAAAGCGAUCUUUUCAAACAAAACGUGAAACGUAAAAAAGGGAAACUUUUUCUUCACGAUAGGGUUAAAUGCAGUAAUAUAACAGAAAGUGUAAGACUCCUUCUUGAUAACUGCAAACCAGAGCACGACCUUGCUGCAUUCAUCAAAAGGCUGAUGGAAUAACUAUUUAUGCAAAAUAUUCAUAAUUAUUUUCAAUAAUCAUUACAACAAAGCAAAAAGUAUCUAUCUGAGGUAAGAUGUUCAUGCCGUGUGAAUUUUGUAAUAUUAAACAGAUGUCAAUAUUGAGCUUCGACAUUUUCAUAAUAUAACGUCAUUUAUUUUAAAAGUAAUAAUAUUAACGUGCAACACAGCAAUGAUCAUGUAUAUCUGCCGUUUUUUAUUGGUGUUUCAGGAUUUAUAAUAACAUGAUGUAAUAAAAGAUCUGCCAUGUGA